AUGGAGAUAACCAAGGCCACACAGAAGAAUGUCAAGGUGAUCAUCUAUGAGUUCCUCCAACAGAUCUUCCAACUGUUCAGCAAAAAUCUUCCUGUUGGCACUUGGAAUACGAGCAAGAUUAAGGAAUUCCAAAAUUGAAUUCAUCAGCAGAUUGAAGAAUUAGAGAUAUGUUUGUCAGAAGAGCAAUCAAAAGCAAGAAACAGCUUUCAAACACGGAUCAUAAAAAGCACUACAUUCCGGGUGAAAAAGUACUUCCAAAGAAUCACCAACUUCCUAAAAAAUAAGCAAUACAGUCACUGCACCUGGGAAGUAGUCCAAAUGAAUUUGAGAACAUGUCUUAUAAUUUUUGAUGGCCUAAUGAAAAAACACACAUCAUAA